AUGGCGCACCGCGUCCGCUGGUGCCGCUCCGUCGCGCGCACGCGCGCCGUGCACAUGGAUUCUUACUCGGUUUACGUGGUCCAGGACCUUGUCUCGGGCGGCAGCCUGCAGGCGCUGGCCGACGAGCAGGGCGGCAGCCUGACAGAGCCGGAGGCUGCCGCUGCGCUUCGCGGCGUGCUUGACGGGCUGAUGGCGUGCCACUCGGAGGGCAUCUGCUAUGGCGACGUGAAGCCCGCGAACUUCAUGCUGGCGUCCACCUACCCCUCCGCCGCCCACCGCGCCGACCCCUCCGAGCCGCGCGGCGCCAUCCACGUCAAGAUGAUCGACUUCGGCUGUGCCCGCAGCUGCCCAGGCGACGCGCCGUCCCUCGAGGGCCUCAGCGGGACGCCGGCGUACAUGGCCCCGGAGGUCGCGCGCGGCGCGCCCUACGGCCGCGCGUCCGACAUGUGGGGGGUCGCCGUAAUCGCGUACCAGCUGCUGACGGGGCGCUUCCCGCACUGGGACUGCGCCCUCGACCGGCUGGCCGGCAUGCCGACGCGGCAGGUGCUGGCUGACGUGGCAGCCGGCGACGUGAUGCUGGACACGCCCGCGUGCCGCGCGCUGUCGCCGGCCGCGCGCGACCUGCUGGGGGCGCUGUUUGAGCUCGACCCCGAGAAGAGGCCGCCGGCGUACUGCGCGAUGCAGCACCCUUGGAUGGUCGCGCACGGGACUGCCCCAGCGCACGCGCACGCACCCGCAGCGGCCGUGCACUUGGGUUGA